CUCAGUAGAAAGCAGCGGUGACUUGUACUGUAUGUGUAUGCAAUUCUCUGGUGGGAUCUGGAGACCUCUUUGACUACAUCCCACCUGCAUGGCAGUGUCUUUUGUAUGUGGACACAAAGCUGGGAUGGAGAGCAUCAGUCAGUGGUAACACUGCUGAGAGUAGAGCAUGCUCUGCAUCGUGUAUUGGAGACCUCUCCAGCAAGGUAAAUGGAGGACCCAGAAGCUCAUCUAUUCCAAACACGAAAAGGACAUAGAAUAGAACAGAUGGUAGUAAGAUGGCUACGACGGUCAAGAGAUAGUUCAACCCGCAGGAGAACCUCAGUUGGGGACAGUCCAUCCACAGGUUCAAACCAAUAUGCAUGUUCAUUGAAGAUCAGAUUAGACAUAAAAAAAGAUUUGCACCUGGACAGCUUUGGCUUUGACAUCUCUCACAACCUCCCCCUUACUAUCACAGCUGUUACUGCAGGCGGUCCAGCUGAAGGAAAACUACUACCAGGUGAUCAAAUUUUUGCAAUCAACAAUGAAAAUGUGGAAAACCUUCAUGUUCAGAAGGUAGCGGACAUGGUCAGGGACUCAGGGGACACUGUCACGAUAACAGUACUCCGAGGCACUUUGAGUCCCAAGUCAUCCUUUCUUACAGCAGAGAAAAGGGCGAGAUUAAAAAGCAAUCCAGUGAAAGUAAGGUUUGCUGAAGAAGUGAUUGUAAAUGGCCACACUCAGGGGAAUUCACUUCUGUUUAUGCCUAAUGUCCUUAAAGUCUACUUGGAAAAUGGUCAGACAAAAGCUUUCAAAUUUGAGAGGAAAACAACUGUUAAGGACAUCCUUAUGACCCUUAAGGAGAAGCUUUCCAUCAAUGUAAUUGAGCAUUUUGCACUAGCUCUAGAAGAGCAAUAUAAUAUCUCAAAGCUUUAUAUACUUUAUGAAGAUGAACUUAUAGAACAGGUGGUGCAAAAGAGAGAAUCUCAUGACUAUAGAUGUCUCUUCAGAGUUUGCUUUGUACCAAAAGAUCCUCUAGAUCUCUUGCAGGAAGAUCCAGUUGCCUUUGAGUAUCUCUACUUACAGAGCUGCAGUGAUGUACUUCAGGAGAGAUUUGCAGUGGAGAUGAAAUGCAGUGUUGCAUUACGCUUGGCUGCUUUGCACAUUCAGGAACGUAUUCAUUCUUGUGGGCAACCGCAGAAGAUAACAUUCAAAUACAUUGAAAAAGACUGGGGAAUAGAUAACUUUUUAUCUCCAACCCUGCUUCGGAAUAUGAGAGGAAAAGACAUCAAGAAGGCUAUCAGCUUUCAUAUGAAGAGGAACCAAUGUAUUCUUGAGCCAAGACAAAAGCAGCCGAUAUCUGCAGCUCAGGUUCGAUUACAGUAUUUAAAGAUUCUUGGAGACUUGAAGACCUACGGGGGGAAAAUAUUUAAUGCCACACUAAUGCUACAGGACAGAGAAUCGUAUGUCACUCUUCUUGUUGGAGCCAAGUAUGGGAUCAGCCAGAUUAUUAACAACAAACUGAACAUCAUGAUAACCCUAGCAGAAUUCUCCAACAUCAGCAGAAUAGAGCUAACUGCAGAAUCAGAAAAAGUAAGCAUGGUGAAGGUUUACCUGCAGGAUGUCAAGCCUCUUUCCCUGCUGUUGGAGUCAAAUAGUGCAAAGGACAUUGCAUGUCUUAUCUCUGGUUAUUGCAAGCUGUUUGUGAGCACUACAACAGCAAUCUUUGAGUGGCCUGGUAAUAACCUAUACCACAGGAUAUCUACAGAGGAAGGUUAUGAAUCUAGAGCAUGCAGCGACUCAGAAGAGUCUUCAGAACUGGAUUCUUCACAAGACCUGUCUUCAGAUCUCCACUUUUUAAAGUCCCGAAACAUAAAACCUUUGCAGGAAGAAGAUGAAGAAGAAGAUGGGGAAGAUGGAUGUGAUAUUAAGCAAAAUGAAGAAAAAAAGGAAAGUGAAGUUAAACAGAAAGAUCACAGUGAUGGUACAGUCAAUGAUACAGACAGCAUUUCUGAAAACUCAGACUCUGCUAAUACAGAGAGUCAAGGCUAUAAAAUCAGUUGGUCCAGUGAUUCAAUUGAUGCUCUGGAAGAAGAUGACUUAGAGACAUGUUCCUCCAGUAAGCCAGAGUUUUUCCAGUUUUAUGCACCAAUUUUGAAAGAUGUCUCCGCAGAGGACCAGGGCGUCUUUACUGAUGACCCUGAACAGAAAUUCAAAGGGAAUGUUUGCCAUGAACAAGAUCCAUUGUUAUGUUUUUUGCAGCAGAUUAACACUAGGGAAGAUACAGCUACAGAUUUGAUGGAAACUUCAAGAUCUCCUAGAUCUCCUAAAAAUACAGGCAGCAAAGAGGACAAUGAUCUGCAAGGCUUCUUUGGCUGUCAGUUUACAGAAAAUAAUGUAAUGGAGUAUUACAGUCUGUGUUCAAAUGUUUCCCCUGCCAGCAGUGUAGAUAGAAACAUUCCUAGCAGCCCAGAGAGCACCUGUGUACAAGAUCAAAUAUCAGAAGCUAAACUGUGGAAUAAAUCUUACCAACUUGAAACCAACAAGGAAGUGGAAACUCUUAUACUUGACCCACCACCAGGUUUUGGUGACAGUAGUUCUGAAGAGGAAUUUUUUGACGCAACAGAUCGGUUUACGCCCACACAAAAUUCUCCUGGUUCAAAACUAGAAAACAAAUUUUUUUAUGCGGGCAGAAAAGUAUUGCAUAGCUCACAUGCUGAUUUGGAUGAAAAUUCUACUAAAAUAAAUAAACCUAUGAAGUAUACUAGAAAGCCAACAAAAAUGAUACGGAAAAGAAGAUCUUUUCUCCAGACAGACUAUACCACUCAGGUGACAUUUCCUGUAUCACCCUCAGACUCCUUGGAGACUAUAGAUCAUGUAUGUUGUUUUGAGAAAGAGCCUCACCAUCCAGAAGAAUCACAUUCCCCUACAGUUUCCUCCUUUAAAGACAUUGAGGGCGAACCUGCUCUUUUAGAAACCAAAUCACUUGUACAAAACAAUUCCACAGGCAAAUGUAAAAGCAAAGCACACUCUCCCAGUCUUAUGGAGAUGGAACCUGACACAAUGGAAACAAAAUCAGUGACUGAUUCAGUAUUGUCCUCUAUAUCUGCUAUCCGUUUCAGGAAUGACUCUGGAACUACAGAGAGAAGACCUAAUGACAAUCCUUCUUGUGCUACUACAGACUUCAAUAUAGAACACAAUGGCCAAGCUAGUCCAUCAGAAAUAUCACUAGAAAUCGGAAAUGGCAUGAAUGAAAACACACUCUUCUGCUUACUAUCAACUGAUAACAAAAAAGAAAACAAAAUUAACUGCUUAAAAGAACCAGCAAAGGCAGAAAACUCUGAGGAAAAUAUUAAGGACAUUUUCAAAAACAUAUUUCUUAAUGAUGAUGAUAUGAAUAUCAAAGAAGAUAUUGGUUCAGUCCCCACCAUUUCCCCCACUGACAGAAUGUUACCCUAUAUUGCUAAGUCAGAAGACACAAAAUCAUUAGUUUACAAUAUCGGAAGUGUAGACACUGCAACAUCUGAAGAAGAAAUGAACAGUAAAGAAAGUUCUCCAAAAAUGUGUAAAACACGGAAACUGUUUGGUUUCUCUAGUGCUGCCGAUUUACUUUUAGAUUUUAAGGGACUUGCUGAUCUAUUUACUUUUAGGGAGGGAACCUCUACAAUACCCAAUGUACCUUCUUGUGAAGAGGAAAUACAUCUUUUGACAAAUCAAGAACAAGACCAGUUCACAUUAGAUGAUUUGCCUAGUAUGAUAAGAAUGUCUGAUGGGAAGAAACAAUUUUCUAGACCAUGCGGCACAUCGGUAGACACUAUAAAAUUUGAUUGUGGGGAAAGUAAAGAAGAAAUAGAGUCUGAUGCUGUUAAACUGAGUCCAAAAGAAGGCUAUAGUGGGCAUUUAACAUACAAAGACCAAAGCCUAUUAGAAGGAAGGUUUGCUGGCUCUACAAACAAAGCUUUUGUGAGUAAUGAAAAAGAAGUCAUAGAAAAUGAAUAUCAGAAUUAUGAUUCAGUUAAAAAAAAAUCAAAAAUAUCCAAAGUAGGAAGUUGCAGCUGUCAGUUAUCAUACACAACCUGUUUUCAGCCUACCGACAAUGACAUAGAAGAUGAAAUUAUUGAUUUUACUAGAAGUGAUUCUCCAUUACCUAGAACAAUACCACCUUCAUCCGGGAGCUCAUGGUUUGUGAAAAAUAACCAUAAUCCUAAAGACAACACUAGAAACAACACAUCCUGCAUAGAACAUUUUGAAGCUCUUGAUCUUCUUGAGAGAAGAAUACAAGAUUCUCCAACUGGUUUCGGCAAAUUGCAAGACAGUGUAUUGGACCUCCAAAAGAUUUUAGAGGACUAUAAAGACAGGCUUGAAAUGCACCCUAAGGACAAAUGUGCUUCGAUGUUUUCAGAACAAAAGACCAACCUUUGCAAUGUGUCUCGUAAGAUGAUGUCUUCAUCACAGAAAGUGUUGAGAUCAGGUCAGUUAUCAGAGGAGAUUUAUCAGGCAGUAGAAGAAACCUUUUUUGGUCUGAUGCAAAUGACCCAAGUGUGUCUCAAAUUUUCUAGCUGCGUAGGAUGCAAUAAACGGCAAAUGGAUCUGCAAACUAAUUUGCGUGAUCUCAUAUGUACCUACCAUCAGUUUGUUCAAGCGGCAAAGAAAGCUUCAGAGAGUGAAAAUCGUGAUAUGCAUUCCAAGCUGUUGUCCCGUCAAUGCACUGCACUCACCGCUGCUAUAUUUUGCCUGACGCAGCAAUUCAGAUCAUUGGUUUCUCUCUGAAGAAAUACAAAAUAAAACAAGAUAGCACAAUUGCCUCUUUAUAAAACUUGUGAAGAGACUUUAUUUACCCACCAAGCUUUGCACAAUCUGCAGAGGAAACAACCCCAUGUGUAAAAACUGUAAUAUUGCCUGAGGCAGCCAAAAAAAAAUGUUUUUCUAAUUUACACUUGCAAAAUGACAGUAUCUGAUUGUUAUGGUUAGCACUGAUGUUUGAGGCCUCAUGAUUAUGACAGUGCUUCAAAAAAAAAAGCUUUGUAAGGCUGGGAUUCCACUUGGCAGUUUAUUUUUUUUUGGGGGGGGGACUGCCACUGCAGUUUUUGAGCCAAAGCCAGGAGGGAAUGCAAAAGGAAUGGGAAAUAUAAAGGAACUGCCAAAUGGAAAUCCAGCCUGAUAUGGCAUCAGGUGGAGCAUGGCACUAAUUUAUUUUUUUCUCUUGGACUCAAUAUAAUAAAAAAUACUUAAAACCAAGGGAAACUAAGGUAUAGCAAAGCCUCAUAGACUUCUAUAGAUGUCAUAUUGUUGCAGGGUACCCUCUAAAACUGACUGUGCAUAUAAGAUAAUUGUUGGGCGAUUUUUGGCUAUUUCGGCUGACCAUAAUUUGUAAAUUCCAUGCGAAAGAUGAUUUACAAUGGCGAUCGCAGACUUAUCUCUGCUGAAAAUGUGAUCGACCAUUCAGGAUUUUUUUGUUCAUUCAUUCUGUGGAUGGCUGAAAAGAACAGUUAUGGCAUGGCCACCCAAAUUCAGCUGAUCAUAUGCCAUCUUAUGCAAGAUCUUUAUGGGAUUUUUUUCAGUUUAGUCUGGCAUGUUGCUGGCCGUUUGUUUGUAUAAAGGAUUAACAUAGGACUUUGAUUGGCCAAGUUGUGGCCAAUCAAAGUCCCAUGUGUAUGGCUAUUUUAAGCUGUACAUUUACAGAAUGCAUAGAGUACAGAAAACAGUGCUUAGAGGUCGUAGGUUGUGUGCAUGAGCCUAGUUUUUAUACAUGAUGCUUAUUUACAUGAUGCUUAUUAUUUUUGAUUGGUUGCUUAUAAGGUUUUUGUUUUUAAACUGUCAGGGAAAAGUUUGACUUAAGGGCUGGCAUUUGUCAUUGUAGGUGUAUGUAAAGCGUUUUUUGUGUGUGCUGAAAAUGUGUAGGAGCACCAAAUUUAUUAAAUGGUCACAGAGCAUUUGAUAACUUUUAUGCAGGUAACAUUUUCUGAAAUUUCUCUCUUCACAUACACCAAAAAGCUAAGUCUGGGCUGGUGUCGUUUUAGAGACUUUUCAGUGGCUUUGCGCCUUUUUUGCCCCUUUUCACAAAAAGGCG